AUCGAAUCUGUAGUCAGAGGUUUCUUUGUCGUCUAGAGCUACAUGUAUCUUGCAUAAAAUGUCUGAGAAUAUGGCUAUGUUUAGAAGAAUGAAGGAGCCUAUCUGCCACAAGGGGCUUCUUUUCCCAGCAUACAUGCACAGAGGAAGUUUAGAGCAACUCGAGACCUGGCAGAUGAGGCCCGACGACAUUUUAGUGGAUGGUUGGACAAGAUCAGGUAACCACUUGUGUAAAUACAUAUUGUGGUACGUGAUGAAUAAUGGAGCUCCACUGGAGGACGAUAUCUUUGAUCUUAUACCAUACGUCGACGUAUCAAAAGAAGUGAAAGAUGGCGCAGACCCUUUUGACGAUCAGGUUACGAACCCGCUAAUUGAAAUUGAUAACAUGGACAAAAGUAAGCCUAGAAUGGUAUGUUCCCAUAUCCCUUACAGAUUGAUGCCAUACGAUGUAAAACAAGGAAAAGUUAAAGUUAUACUGCAGUUACGUAAUAUAAAGGACGCCACUAAUAGUAAUUACUUUCUCUGGAAAGACUCUGGUAUGUUCAUCGAUAGCAGUUACACCCUUGACGAAUGGAUACACGAGCAGUUGAAGGGAGAAGUCCCCUAUGGAAGUUGGAUUGAACAUACUAAAGAAUGGUGGUCGCACAGGGAUGAGAUUCCACUUCUGAUAAUGCAAUAUGAAGAUAUGCUUGACAUUGCCAAGUUUGUUGACGUAACAUUGACUCCAGAUAUUGUUAGUGACAUAGCUAAGAGGGUUACAUUCUCUACCAUGAAAAAGAAACCAGAUUUGUUUGAUUCAGUGAAACAUUUAUUUUCGACACCGUAUCUAAGAAAGGGCGUGUAUGGAGAUUGGAAAAACAACUUCACUGUUGCUCAGAGCGAUAAAAUUGACAAGGCGUUACAAGAGAGAAUGAAAGACGUAGACAUUAAAUUCAAAUAUGAAUAGCCUUGGUGAUUUAUUGCAUGAGACUACAUCG